CUAAUGAGGUCCACAUCUCUUUCUCUUCUCAGGCGGCAUCAUCUUCUACGGAACCAAAAAAAAAUCUCGCCAUUCCCUCGAGCUCUCGUUGCGUCGUUCCUUCGUUCUCUCACCGCGUCGUUCGGUCUCUCCAUCUUCGCCGUUCCCGUUCGUUCUCUCCGCCUCGCCGUCGUCGUUUGGUCUUUUCGUCUCCGCCGUUAGAGUCUCCUCCGUCUUCGCCUUUCGAGUCUCCUCCAUCUCCGCCGUUUGUGUCUCCUUCGUCUCCGUCGUCGCCGUUCGGUCUGUGUCAUGGCAGGUGCGGCACCAGAGGGUUCACAGUUCGAUGCACGUCAGUUUGACCAGAAGUUGAAUGAUGUGCUUGAGGGUGGUGAUGAAUUCUUCACGUCUUACGACGAGGUUUAUGAAAGCUUUGACUCCAUGGGUUUGCAAGAGAACCUUCUCAGGGGUAUCUAUGCAUACGGUUUUGAGAAGCCAUCAGCGAUUCAGCAAAGAGGGAUAGUCCCAUUCUGCAAGGGGCUUGAUGUGAUCCAGCAGGCUCAAUCUGGUACCGGAAAGACUGCAACUUUCUGCUCUGGAGUUCUGCAGCAACUUGAUUACAGCCUUGUCCAAUGUCAGGCACUGGUUUUGGGUCCCACCAGGGAGCUUGCCCAGCAGAUUGAAAAAGUUAUGAGGGCUCUCGGAGAUUACCUCGGUGUCAAGGUUCAUGCCUGUGUCGGUGGUACUAGCGUUCGUGAAGACCAACGCAUUCUCCAGGCCGGUGUCCAUGUCGUUGUCGGUACUCCUGGUCGUGUCUUUGAUAUGUUGCGUAGGCAAUCCCUCCGUCCUGACUACAUCAAGAUGUUUGUUCUUGAUGAGGCUGAUGAAAUGCUCUCCCGGGGUUUCAAGGAUCAGGUUUGUAAUUUGUUGUUUAUUACAAAACCCGAUUCUUUCCCUUAAUGCC